CAGAGCUGAUACUAGGCGCAUUGCCGGUGCAGCCAGCCUUUAGCGCUGCUGCUCUUGCCGGGCCGGGCGGCAGGCCAUGUUCCGGGCUGUGGCCGCUGCGCAUACCCAGGCCUGGCGAUGAGGAGCGGCGCCGAGCGCAGGGGCAGCAGCGCCGCGGCGCCCCCGAGCUCGCCUCCUCCUGGUCGCGCUCGCCCCGCGGGCUCCGAUGCGCCCCUCGCCCUGCAGCCGCCAGCAGCCAGCCAGCCUCGGGGCCGGGACGCUGGUGAUGCCCGCGCACAGCCGCGCCCCCUGUUUCAGUGGAGCAAGUGGAAGAAGAGGAUGUCUAUGUCGUCCAUAUCGGCAGCCAGCACGCGGAGGCCGGUGUUUGACGACAAGGAGGACGUGAACUUCGACCACUUCCAGAUUCUGCGAGCCAUUGGGAAGGGCAGCUUUGGCAAGGUGUGCAUCGUGCAGAAGCGGGACACCGAGAAGAUGUAUGCCAUGAAGUACAUGAACAAGCAACAAUGCAUCGAGCGUGACGAGGUCCGCAACGUCUUCCGGGAGCUGGAGAUCCUGCAGGAGAUCGAGCAUGUCUUCCUGGUGAACCUCUGGUAUUCCUUCCAGGAUGAGGAGGACAUGUUCAUGGUGGUGGACCUGCUUCUGGGUGGAGACCUGCGCUACCACCUACAGCAGAACGUCCAGUUCUCAGAGGACACUGUGAGGCUGUACAUCUGUGAGAUGGCCCUGGCCCUGGACUACCUGCGUAGCCAGCACAUCAUUCACAGAGAUGUCAAGCCUGACAACAUUCUCCUGGAUGAGCAAGGACAUGCACACCUGACCGACUUCAACAUCGCCACCAUCAUAAAGGAUGGGGAGAGGGCAACAGCUUUAGCUGGGACCAAACCAUACAUGGCUCCAGAGAUCUUCCACUCCUUCGUCAAUGGCGGGACCGGCUACUCCUUCGAGGUGGACUGGUGGUCGGUGGGGGUGAUGGCUUACGAGCUGCUACGUGGAUGGAGGCCCUAUGACAUCCACUCGAACAACGCCGUGGAGUCGCUUGUCCAGCUGUUCAGCACCGUGAGUGUUCAGUAUGUGCCCACCUGGUCCAAGGAGAUGGUCGCCCUGCUACGGAAGCUCCUCACCGUGAACCCCGAGCACCGGUUUUCCAGUCUCCAAGACAUGCAGACAGCACCAUCACUGGCCCAUGUGCUCUGGGAUGACCUGAGCGAGAAGAAGGUGGAGCCGGGCUUUGUGCCCAAUAAAGGCCGCCUGCACUGUGACCCCACCUUCGAGCUGGAAGAGAUGAUCCUGGAGUCGAGGCCUCUGCACAAAAAGAAAAAGCGGUUGGCUAAGAACAAGUCGCGGGACAGCAGCAGGGACAGCUCGCAGUCUGAGAAUGACUACCUGCAAGACUGUCUGGAUGCCAUCCAGCAAGAUUUCGUGAUUUUUAACAGAGAAAAGCUGAAGAGGAGCCAGGAACUCAUGAACGAGCCUCUCCCAUGCUCCGAGACUGCAGAUAUGACAGAUCCCACUGCAGACAGUGAGCCAGAGCCCACAGCCCUGCCCAUGUGUGGCUCCAUCUGCCCCUCAUCUGGGAGCAGCUAGGCCAAGUGGACCGUGUCCAAGGGCAGUUCUCUCUCAGGCUGCUUUGAAGACUCAGGACGGCCAGGAGGAGGCAGCAGUGGGGCAAAGGCCUGACCGCCCAGCCUGCCCGCGAGGCUGUCAGUAUGGUGAAACUGCUGGGAGCCAUGGGUGCCCGUCGAGAGUGGUGGUUGGGAAAGGAGGACCCUUGGUACCUAGACCAUGGUUAUUUGCAACAUAGAGGGAGUCAUGCAGCCAUCAUGAUGGUGGGCCCCUCUAAUUGUAGGCUGGCAGAUUACAGACGGCCAGAGUGGUACGUUGGGGCAGGAGCCCUUGAAUUUCUGGACCCUUUUGGAAUUGGCUGUAUAUAGCCCUGUGCCAGUCUUUGCUGUGGCCUGGCCAGAAUGUCCUUGAGCUCGCUGCUCA